CCCUGGCUUCAGGUUUGGUGAUCACGUCUACAGGCACGACACCCAUAAACAAGGCUAGUGGUCAGAGUGUAAAGCUGGAGUGUAUGUUCACCCUAGCUGCAGAGGAUACUGGACCACUGGAUAUUGAAUGGAGCUUGGUAGCUGCUGACAACCAGAACAUGGAUAAAGUGGUGAUCCUAUACUCAGGUGACAGGGUAUAUGAAGACUACUACACCCCCAUGAAGGGACGAGUUCACUUCAGCUCAAGUGACCCAAAGACAGGCGACGCCUCUAUCAAUCUGACAGGACUGAAGUCAUCGGACUCGGGCACCUACCAGUGUAAAGUGAAAAAGGCUCCUGGUAUCGGCAGCAAGAAGAUGCAGCUGAUUGUCAUGGUGCGGCCGUCUAAGCCAAGGUGCUACACUGAAGGUCCCACAGAAGAAGGCAAAAACAUCGUGCUGAGGUGCACAACAGCUGAGGGAACCAAACCUAUGCAGUACAAAUGGGAGAAACUCACUGACAGCAAGCUGCUGCCUGCCUCUGCUGUGUUGGAUCCUGUUGAAGGUACCAUCAAUGUGAGGAAUGUGUCUUCCAGUGCAUCUGGUACUUAUCGCUGUGUUGCCAGCAACAGUGUUGGCACAGAAGAAUGUUUACUGGCUCUCAAUGUGACACCUCAGAGGAUGUGCCCCCUCCCAAGAGUCGUGUUUCAACAGCACGCAGCUUCACCAUGGGCAGCCAGCGCUCCUCCCUAGGAUCCAUGUCACCUUCCAACCUGCACGAGUACGCCCUGAAGACUCAGUACGACAAGAUUCCCUCAUCGGAGGAGUACGAGAGACCCCCGAGCCAGGCCCCAAUGCCCCUGCCCUCCUCGAUCAGGAUGGGCGGGCCUAACCUCAGCCGCAUGGGGGCCAUCCCUGUCAUGACCCCUGCCCAGAACAGGGACGGCUCAAUCGUCUAGCAUGUUCUCUUCUCAUGAAGGGACUCCAGACACUAGCUAAUGAAGGUGGAGCAAGAGGUGGGGUGGGGUUGGGUGGGCUGACACGCCUGACCUGUUGCUCUUUAUUAUUUACAAAUUGGAAGGUCCUCUCCUUCUGAGGGCCUAUUGCUCUGCUGUGGGAAGUUGUGCUGGAAUCUAAGCACAUUAACUUUUUAUGAAAGAUGAAAACAAAACAAAAAACAUAUUCAUUUAACAUCCUGGAUGUUUUUUCUCACAGGAAACUGGAUUGGUGUGGAUAUAAAGCAGAGUGGUCAAUAUGAAAUAUUGUACAUACCUAAAUGCAUGUUUUGUUUAACAUAGUCGGCUCUCGCUGUAUAUUUCAAACAGAUCCAAGCCCCUGAUUGGCUGACUGCACAGCUGCAUGUUUGCAUGUUUGUGUAAAACUGCAGCUGUAAGGUAUGUUUAAAUGUAAGGWUGUGUGUGUGAACAGAACUUAUAUAAAUUCUCACGUAAAAGUAGAACAAUCAUCCCGGUAGUCCAAUUUAUUUGAUUUUAUUUUUUAAAUGUAACAGACUCUUUUGGUUAUUUUUUAAACAAGACUGCUUAGAAUGAAAUUUGGUUUAAUACUCUGAGCUAGCUAAAACCAGAUUAGCUUCUUUCCGUUGAUUCGUUAUUGUUUGAAAGGCUUGCUGUGAGUUUAGGUGGGGGAUUUAAAGAGUAAGGAUUGGCUGAUAUUGAGGUGGUGGCUCUUGCCGCCAUGUAUUGUGAUUGGAGGGAUUAAUGCUUGAUGCGGGCUUAAAAAGAACCAGCGUCCAUCCUCCAACCCCUCUCCAGAAGUCUUAGAAGACCUGGAUUGGCCAGUAAUAACAGCAGCUGAACAGCAAGGUUCACUGAACACUCAGCUCUGAUUGUGUUUGACUGCUUAAAGGCCCCUGACCUCAAAGGCAAGCAGGACAAAUAGAAUCCCCUCCUCACCAAAUCAGCAAACCAAAAGCACUAAUUCCUAAUUAAUCACUGUUCUGUGCAUAAUAUGUGAUCCUGCAGAUCUGUUGUUGCACUACAAGGAGGCCAUACCUUGAUUGACCUUUUCUCUGUAGUUGAUAUCAAAUCUUUGGAAGCUUAUGUUGCAUUAAUUGGAGAAUUUAAUGAAGGAUGRUAAUCACGGGUGCAUGAAGAAAGUUCCCAGAGUGGAACAAUGGUAGGCCUUGGAAUACUGCUCAUUUUUUUUUAUUUUUUUUAUUUUUUGUGUGUGUAACUGCACUCAUGUUUGACCUUCGUUUGUGUUCUCAGGCCUGUUUUAUCAGUCAUUUUAAAUAAACCAGUCUCAUGAGAUUCAGAUUAUUUUAUACCAAACUCGAACAUGUUAGGCUUUAGAAGAAUAAGAAGUUUGUUUUAUAUUUAACUUGUAUAUUGAGCAGUUAGUUUCUUUUUUUCAUUGCGCUGAUGCCUUAUUUUAGCCUUACACUUCCCCUCAGUUCUCCUCAGAUCACUCAGAUUUCUGUGCCCUGCCUAAGUGAUGUUCAUUUCGUUCUGUCGUUGCACAGUUGUUUUCUCUUUGCCUCAGUUGGAUCUAGUUGAAUUGUUUGCUCGUAGGCCAUAGCUAAAUUAGGUUUUUAACAUUUUGUUUUAUAUUCUGUUUGCUUUUUACAACUAUCACUGUAAUAGUAGUAAUUAACUUUCUCUCUCUUAGGAAAUAUGUGGCUCUGAAUUUAAAAUAUCUCUGUCUAAACACAACACUGAAUGAUUGAAUUGUCUGUCCAUCUGUAUGUGACUCUGCUGUUCCCAGACGUAGUAUCUCACUAAGCUGCAACAGUUGUUGACUAAUCAAAAACUCAAAAUUGCAAGAUAAUAAUUAUCUGUUGAGCUUCACUGAAUUUGUUGUGUUUGCAAACAUCUUUGCACAAAAACUGCUGCUGAUUGUUGUGUGAGCAGCUUGUAAAAUUGUGUUCUAGGCCUGGCAUGGUAUUUUUUUUGCCCACCUCCUCUCCUGUCGUACUCGGCUCGCUCUUCCACCCAACUUGGCAGCCGCCCCCAUGUUUAUGAUUUAAUCUACUGGAAUGGACUUUAAAUGAAGAUGAGCAGAAUUGGAUCCAGUGGUUUUUGAUUAUUGUUUGUGUGGUUGUAGACCUGGACGUAUUCUUCCACCAGAGAGGAAAUCUGUUGUCUAAUCUGUGACUCAACCAAGGAGAUUGGAAACUCCUGAAAAUGUUGCAAGAUGGUUUGGAGACUCGUUGGAGAAUGCAAAUCACCAGCUAGUCGCAGCCCACUGAGAUAGUUCCUUAAGCAGAUCAAAUGGGGAAAACAGAAGAGGUAGGGUCAGUCAGCACAGUGAUGAAGCUUUUUGGUAUGUUUGUGUGUGUUUGUACCAGUCUUGGCUUCUAAUUAUAAUUUCAUGUUACACUUAUUUGGUAAAGCCAAGAAAAUUAAUAUUUAAACUGUCUUGGACCACAAAAACCAAUCUGUCAGUUUUAUUUUACCACUAUCCUGUGAAUGUGUGUUUAUGUGAGCAGUUGUAUUUUACACAAAAGCUUUUGCUCAGAAUGGGCCCUUGUAGAAAUCUACUUCCUGCUGGUAAAGUGUACAGUUCUCCAGGGGAGGUAGCCUUGUUUCUCUUUCUGUAUGCUUUAGAAAUGAAUAUGAACUACUAACAAUAUUAACAAUAGCUUUAAAAUUAGCAUACUUAAACUGUAUAAAGACUCCACUGAGAUGCACUCUGUGUGAAAAACAGAUUUUCUUUCUGUGUGUAUUUUUGUGCUGUAUUUUUGAAUAAUAAAAGUCGUUUAAAUUAAAAA